ACACACACACGACACUUAGGGGGGAUCCUACAGAUGUGGGCUUGAAGCCUCAUUUGGUGGCCCCUCAAAGGGCUGGGAGCGGGCAGCUCUGCUCCGCUGGCUCCUACCCCGAGUGGCUCCUGGGACGGUAGCCUGUCCGGGCUUGAGAGGCGCGGGCAGGGUUGGCUUCUGUUAGUUUUACAGACCAAAGGUCGUUUACUUUGGCAUUUUUAACAAAGGUUUAAAAGUCUCUGGAAUUUGCCAGUCAGGCUGGUCUCCCGGAUCAAGCAGCGUGUACUUUCUCCUCAGCGCAGAGCCAGGAACGGCGGGCGGCAUGAAAGCGUCCCCAGGGCUGCUUUCUCCUUGAAGUAACAAAAGGGAAGACGCACGAGGAAAAACACCCACAUGGAAUCAAACACUGCAGAAAGCAAACUUCACGCGGCAGGAUGUUAGCACAGAAGGGAAACGGGAGGAUAGGUUAAAGCCGUGUGAAGUGCAGAGAGUUCUGAAGGGAAAGCUCUUAAGCUAUUUUUAGCUGCAAAAAUGCUAUAAAUCCUGUUAUCCCAUUACACUCCAGCAGAUCAAAUUAUUUGCCUUUCUCUCCUUUUACCACCACUAAUUUUUUCUGUUUGAUUAAAUGAGAGCGGGCCUCAGAGGCAGCUGACAUCAAUGGAGAGGCCUGCUUUGGGGGUGCACAGGGCCUCCCUGGGUCUGUUCUUCUCUUCCACACGUCUGUCACUAGCAGUGACAUGUCGAAGCCACGCAUCGGCUUAGCACCCUUUCUCCAGGAUCCAUGGGUAAUUCGUAAGUCCUGAACUAAAGCUCCUGGCCAGUAUCGUUUUGUGGGACCAGCACAUGUUGCGUGGAGAAAUGCAGCGAUGGCCUGGUCCCCACGUCUGCUAAGAGGCCUUCGGGAGAGCACACAAUCGGGUAUCUGCCUCUGCCUUUCGGACCUGGCCUUCCCUCAAGGCCAUAUGCAGAAUCUCCAGCUGCCCUAGGAGCUCGGGAAUCUGUAUUUUAAUUGCUUUCUAAGUACUUCUGCUGCCCAGCGGGAUUUGGGAACCACGGCCUGAAUCAGUCAUGUCCCAUCAGUGGUAACUUGUGCAGAGCUCAGGUGUGGGCUGGUGUGUGGCCGGUGGGGAAGGGGAGUCUUUCCAACCUGGAUGCUUGUUACUGUCGGCAGCGUGGUGAGCGUGCUGUGUGGCUCAGGGCCGAAGCCCGUCUCUGGGCAUCUCACCUGUCUGGAAAGCAUCGCAAGACAGGGCCCAGAGCCCUUCACGCUGAGCUCCCGAGGAAGGUGGAGAGCUCGCCCCGACUCUUACCUCACCCACGUGGAGGUUGUCACCUGCCCUCAGGUGCUCGAGCUUGGAGAAGUGCUGCGAGAAACAGGAACUGUGGCUGCCAAGAGAGGCAGAUAACGCCCAGGGACCAGAGAAAGGGCAGAAAAAUGAGAGAAAGUGACAGAAGAACCCAGGAGGUUUGGCAUUCCAUGGGCCACUUGACUCCGAGGUCCUUAGUCUGCCCUCCUGGGAUUGAAUUCCUUGACUCCUCAGGAAGACUUGCAGUUGUGUUCACUUUGCUCAGCCAGGGAACACAGGGCAUAUGAGACCCUGUGGUCAUUGCUCCUUCCAGAAUGGUUGGAAUAGGAGAGCUUUCUGGUGCAGCUGGUUUGAGAAGGGUGUUGUCCUGCACAGCCGGGCUGCACCAGGACUGAGCAGAGAGCCCCCAGCCUCCCUCUCUCAGGUGGGCUCGCCAGCCCCAGGGCUUCUCGUGGGGGGCUUUGUCAUUUGGGCGUGUCCUGUGGGUGUCACAGCACCCAUUUGACACAGCUCCACAUGCAUUUUCUGAUAUUUUUGCACCCCGUGGUGGUGGUUCCAGUCGUCAGUGGUAAAUUAAACGUGACGUGACUGUUGGCUCCAGUAGCUCUUCCUGGCAUGCCCUCUUAGGGAGCCCUGUCACCGUGCUAAAGGGCAGCUGUAUGUUCAACCAGCCAGUCCUUUCCAUUUUAUUCUGUGUACUGCCUUGUAAGAAUACCAGGGGCCUUGUCUUGUACAAUACUGGGACCCAGUAAAACAAAAUUUUCAAACAUGUCUGAAACGCCAAUUUGGAAGUCUAGGGACUAUCAGGAUGUAUCGGUGAGGUAUAGCUAAGCCCAGAAUGCUGUUCUUUGUAGGCCAUCUGGACAUCUACCUUGGCUACAAAAGGGGGCAAUGGGUCAGAGUUACCCAAUGUCCAUGGAAGGUUCUUUGGCAUCAGCUGCUGUGACAGAGGACAGCCUCCAGGGCCUAGGGCAGUGCAUGUGGCCCUGCCAGGAUCACUGGCCACCUGGCUCCAGACGGUAGGGAAGGCUGGGCAGGACGGGGAAAAAUCCAGAGGACUGUCCCAGGAGCUCUGUGAGCAGCCUGGAGCAAGGAAGGCAGCGUUCCCUGAUAUUUAUGCCUAAUCAAGAAUUUGACAGACUAACAGGAUACUGGGUCACCCACAACCGGAUGGGCGCACUUUGGAGACAGCUGAGGACCUAGAAAACCAGCAGUUCAUGUUUCCAGCAUUGGACAAGGACAUGAGCAAGAUGUGCAGUGACAAGCUGGAGAAGAAUAGCUUUCUCUGUCAAACCCAAGAGAGAAGAGGAGGCAUAGAGAGAUUUGGGUACUUCAUUUCUUCUUCAGAAGGAGCACCUGGUUUUAGCCAGCCACGGAAAUGGCCCUGUGUGGUACAUUAGGCUCUGUAAGAACAGACACCUUCCAUUAUCUGCCAACAGAAUCAAGGAAAAACUGCAUAGAAAAUCUAAUGGAUGAAGAUGAGAAAGACAGAGCAAAGAGAGCUUCUCGAAACAAGUCUGAGAAGAAGCGUCGGGACCAGUUCAAUGUUCUCAUCAAAGAGCUCAGCUCCAUGCUCCCUGGCAACACUCGGAAAAUGGACAAAACCACCGUGUUGGAAAAGGUCAUCGGAUUUCUGCAGAAACACAAUGAAGUCUCAGCACAAACGGAAAUCUGUGACAUUCAGCAAGACUGGAAGCCUUCAUUCCUCAGUAAUGAAGAAUUCACCCAGCUGAUGUUGGAGGCAUUAGAUGGCUUCAUUAUCGCAGUGACAACAGACGGCAGCAUCAUCUAUGUUUCUGACAGUAUCACGCCUCUCCUUGGGCAUUUACCGUCAGAUGUCAUGGAUCAGAAUUUGUUAAAUUUCCUUCCAGAACAAGAACAUUCAGAAGUUUAUAAAAUGCUUUCUUCCCACAUGCUUGUGUCGGAUUCCCCCUCCCCUGAAUACUUAAAAUCUGACAACGAUUUAGAGUUUUAUUGCCAUCUUCUCAGAGGCAGCUUGAACCCAAAGGAAUUUCCAACUUAUGAAUACAUAAAAUUUGUAGGAAAUUUUCGCUGUUACAACAAUGUGCCUAGCCCCUCCUGUAACGGCUUCGACAGCACCCUUUCGAGACCUUGCCGGGUGCCGCCAGGAAAGGAGGUCUGCUUCAUCGCCACCGUGCGCCUGGCAACACCGCAGUUCUUAAAGGAAAUGUGCAUAGUUGACGAACCUUUAGAGGAAUUCACUUCAAGGCAUAGCUUGGAAUGGAAAUUUUUAUUUCUGGAUCACAGAGCCCCUCCAAUCAUAGGAUACCUGCCCUUCGAAGUGCUGGGGACCUCGGGCUAUGACUACUACCACAUCGAUGACCUGGAGCUCCUGGCCAGGUGCCACCAGCACUUGAUGCAGUUUGGCAAAGGGAAGUCGUGUUGCUACCGGUUCCUGACCAAAGGCCAGCAGUGGAUCUGGCUGCAGACUCACUACUACAUCACCUACCACCAGUGGAACUCCAAGCCCGAGUUCAUCGUGUGCACACACUCGGUGGUCAGUUACGCGGACGUCCGGGUGGAGAGGAGGCAGGAGCUGGCGUUGGAAGACCCGCCGUCCGAGGCCAUCCACCCCUCAGCACUAAAGGACAAGGGCUCAGGCCUGGAACCUCAGCAGCACUUUAACCCACUUGACGUGGGCACCUCCGUCAACGCCAGCCAUUCACCGUCGGCGUCCUCAAGGAGUUCCCACAAGUCCUCGCACACAGCCCCGUCUGAACCCACCUCCACUCCGACCAAGCUGAUGGCUGAGGCCAGCACCCCGGCUUUGCCAAGAUCGGCCACCCUGCCCCAAGAGUUACCCAUGCCCGGGCUCAGCCAGGCAGCCACGAUGCCGGCUCCUCUGCCUUCCCCGUCGACCUGUGACCUCACACAGCAGCUGCUGCCCCAGACCAUCCUGCAGAGCCCGCCUGCUCCCAUGGCACAGUUUUCGGCACAGUUCAGCAUGUUCCAGACCAUCCGAGACCAGCUGGAGCAGCGGACGCGGGUCCUGCAGGCCAGCAUCCGGUGGCAGCAGGAAGAGCUCCACAAGAUCCAGGAGCAGCUCUGCCUGGUCCAGGACUCCAACGUCCAGAUGUUUUUGCAGCAGCCAGCUGUAUCCCUGAGUUUCAGCAGCACCCAGCGGCCCGAGGCUCAGCAGCAGCUACAGCAAAGGUCGGCUGCAGUGACCCAUCCCCCGCUCGGGGCAGGCCCCCAACUUCCAGGGCAGAUCACCUCUGCCCAGGUCACAAGCCAGCACCUGCUCAGAGAAUCGAGCGUGAUAUCAACCCAGGGUCCAAAGCCAAUGAGGAGCUCACAGGUGCUGCAGGGCGGUGGCCGCUCCGUGAGCAGCUUGGCGUCGCAGUUCAGCAGUGCCGCUGCUGUGCUCCCGCCCAGUCUGAAUCUCACCACACCUGCCUCCACCUCCCAGGACGCCAACCAGUGCCAGCCCAGCCCGGACUUCAGCCAUGAUCGGCAGCUCAGGCUGUUGCUGAGUCAGCCCAUCCAGCCCAUGAUGCCUGGGUCCUGCGACGGGAGGCAGCCCUCGGAGGUCAGCAGGACGGGACGGCAAGUCAAGUAUGCCCAGAGCCAGACCGUGUUUCAGACUCCGGACGUGCACCCCGCCAGCAGCAGCAGCAGCGCCCCGACGCCCAUCCUGCUGACAGGGCAGGCGGUGCUGCACCCCAGCUUCCCCGCCUCCCAGCCGCCAGCGCAGCACUACCUGCAGGUACAGGCACCAACCUCUUUGCACAGUGAGCAGCAGGACUCGCUGCUUCUCUCCACCUUCUCACAACAGCCAGGGACCCUGGGCUAUCCCCCGCCACCCCCAGCGCCACCCCAAGCCCCGCGCCCUCCCAGAAGGGUCAGCAGUCUGUCCGAGUCGUCAGGCCUACAGCAGCCUCCCCGGUAGUCCCCUGGCACUGAAGUUGGGACACAAUCAGCUUUAACCAAUGGACAAGGGGGGGUGGCCACAGGAGAUGGGGACAGGAGUCUGAACUAAACCCUUGGCUUUUGUGCACGCUGCGUACAUUUCAAAACUCCUGGGUGGUAACCAUCUCUGGAGUGCAGUGGCUGGCGCAGGGGACAACGAUCAGGAAUACUGGCCGUGUUUCCCUUGCCUCCGAGGUUCUCGGGCACACUCUACAGCCAUACUGGAUGGGAACCAAGUGGCCAGUGCAGGUAUCGAUACUCCGUGUACCUUCAGAGGUGGCGCAUCACGCUGUCCCCAAGAGUGCACUGGUGACUCUAGCCAACGGUGGCCCGUCCGUCCGCGCUAGCUGGCCUUCACUCUCUUGAUCGUCUUUCCUUUUGUAUUGGAGAAGGAUUGGGUCAGAGAUCUGUUGGAGAGGGAAUAAAGAGAUUAUUUUUCAUUAUUUUUAAAUGGUUGUUUUUGUUUUAAUUUGCACAGCUGCACAGAGGAAAUAACUUAGGCACUUUCCGUUUUUAAAAAUCAUAAGGUCUCAUGACUUCAUUUGGGGACCACAGUAACAAAAACAGCCCACCAAUCAGAUAGAAAAGCUGGUCACUAACCAAGCUACACAUUCACACCCUCUGGCCUAAGCCCUACGGGAUGAGGCUUUUCACCCCAUGCUGUAUGGGCAGUGAUUUUUUUUCCCCCCCUAAAUAUAACACUGGACUAUUUCCUGUUUACUUCAUUGAUUGCAACUACAGAGGUGGACUCAAAGCAAAGCACAAUCAUGCCAGCUGACAUUCCAGAAUUCUGUUGAGAACUCUGAGACUUAGGAGGGGAGAGUUUUCACAAGCCAGACAGGCCUGGGGGGCGCCAGUCCCCAAGGAAACCCUGCCAUGUGCAGGCCCUUUGAGUGAGAAUGCUGCAUCUUUCUACAUAUCUUUCAUGAGAAUACUGAGAAUUGGAUUUUCCUUUUCAAAAUGCACUUUGCUUUUUUUGUAUGUUUUGUUAUGUUGAGAUGUUUCUAAAGAAAAGAUUUUAUGUAAUUAUAAGAUGAAGCGCAGUGAAUUGUACAGCUGUUGUAAUAAUGACCUAUUUCUAUAUAAAAUAAAAUUGUAUGGAUUAUGUGUAAAUUAUUUUGUAUCUGAGACACCAGUUCCUUUCCCAAAUAUAAAAGUAUAAAAGUUUUCUUGUGUUUUUCUGUGAGUGGAAAUUUUGUAAUAAAUUAACAAAUUUGUACAA